UGUCGCCUUGGCUCACAAUCACUGCCUUUCUUCAAACUGUGUACAGACAUGUCCUCCGCCAUCACGAAAGUCGAUGCAUCGCAGAUCUUUGAUUCUCGCGGCAAUCCAACCGUUCAAGUCGACCUCUACGCCGAACAUGGCAAAUUCACAGCAAUGGUUCCCUCGGGAGCGUCCACUAGCUCAUACGAAGCAUGCGAGCUCCGUGACGGCGAUAAGACGAAGUAUGGAGGCAAAGGUGUCUUCAAGGCCGUGAACAACGUUCGUACCGUGCUAGGACCAGAGCUUGUGUCUUCAAGGCUUUCGCCCACGUCUCAAAGCGAGAUUGACGCCUUCCUCCGCAAGCUCGACGGGACCCCGAAUAAGAGCAAGCUGGGUGCCAACGCCAUUCUUGGCGUCAGCAUGGCCGUUGCACGAGCUGGGGCUGCCGCCUCUAAUAUCCCUCUCUACGAUCAUCUUGCGAAUCUAUUUGGUGCCAAGCCUGAUCGCGAGUAUGUGAUGCCUGUGCCUUUUUUCAACGUCCUCAAUGGAGGAGUGCACUCUGGGAACACUUUGGCGCCUCAAGAAUUUAUGAUCGCCCCUGUUGGAGCGACCAGCUUUGAGGAAGCUAUGCAGCUUGGCACUGAAUGCUACCAUCAACUGAAGAGCCUCAUCGCCGAAAAAUAUGGCAAGGCUGGCACUGGAAUUGGCGAUGAGGGCGGUUUCGCACCACCUAUCAGCACAUUUGAGGAGGCAUUCGACCUCCUUACUGCUGCAGUCGAGCGCGCUGGUCACACGGGACGCGUAAAAUUUGGUAUUGACCCUGCAUCUUCCGAGUUCUAUUCGACCGAAACAUCGAAAUACAAUCUCGGCUUCAAGGCAGAAGUCAAGAAGGAGGGGCAGAUACAGUCGUCUGCACAGAUGAUCAAAUUGUACAGCAGUCUGCUCAAGAAGUACCCCAUCGUGCUGCUUGAGGACCCGUUCGCGGAGGAUGAUUGGCCUGCGUGGACGGAGUUUUGUAAGCUGGAGGGGGGCCGGGUCGAGCUAGUGGGCGACGACCUCUUGAGCACAAACGUAGAACGGAUCAAGACUGCAGUGGAGAAGAAGGCGUGCAACAGUCUCUUACUGAAAGUCAACCAGAUCGGCACCGUCACGGAGUCAUUGGAUGCCGCUCAUCUCGCUCAUUCCAGCCACUGGUCGACCUUCGUGUCUCACCGCUCUGGCGAAACGACUGAUAGCUUCAUCGCGGACCUCGUCGUUGCGCUUGGCAAUGGUCACCUCAAGAGUGGCGCACCAGCUCGUGGUGAGCGUGUCGCGAAGUAUAAUCGCCUUCUGGAAAUCGAGCGGGAGUUGAAGCAAAGUGGAAAGCGCGUUCGAUAUGCCGGAGAAGGUUUCCGUACGGCUUGGGGUCAGUAGCUUGUUCAAAGCGUGGGAAGAAUCUUGAAGUGACAAACAAUACUGUACUGUACUAGAAUGG